AUGAUGACUUUCGGACCUGAAGUUUCGCGCCCAUCCGAAAAGUUCUACCACCCGCGGAGGUCGAGCAACUCGUUGAAUGUGGAGAUCGAAUACGUGAUGCGGUUGAUGGCACAGUCCAACUCGCAGAUGAGCAAUAGCAGCAGCCAAAGUUUCGGUGGCUUCAACAAGAGCAUGAGGAGUGGGUGUGUGCCCACCGAUCAAUGUCUUUAUAUUCAAAUCCCCAAUGAGAAUGGGGGACUAUUUUGA